GAAACACACAUAAUUAAGACUUGAGAGAAACAUUACAAGAGCGGGUGGCAAUAAUAAUAAUUGCAGAAAUGGCGACACAGCCCGUAAUGAAUGAACAAAAGUACAAAACUACUAAAGUGAAGCGGGAGAGAGCAAAUCCCAGAAAUCAUCCACAGUUUCCAUGAUAUAAGAAGUUCCCAAUGAGUAUUUCUUAUUUGCAGUCUGCCUUUUCUGAGUUCCCUUCUAAGCUUUUAGGGAAGCGAAGAUCUCUGGAGCUUAUCCUAUUGGGAAAAAAUCAAGAACAUAUUUUUACUCCCAAAGAGCAGUUCUUGAACAUCCCACCUCAAGCGGCUGCUACUUCUUCUGCAGCUAAUUCUGAGCAUAUGUUUGGUGCAAGAAGGAAACUGAGAAGGCAUAUAGCUGGAAUAGACCAGGAUGAAUUGCUAGAACCAGCACUUUUGGCUGAUCCUGAUAGCUGUUUUUGUGAAUUUAAUGGAGUAGAGAUACACCAUAAGAUUUGUGAUGCAGAAGAAUCUAACAUGUCAGCAGAAGGGAGAAGAAUGGAGUUUCCUAUCAUUCUGUUACAUGGUUUUGGAGCCUCUGUUUUUUCUUGGAACCGGGUCAUGAAACCACUUGCCCGAAUCAGCGGUACGAAAGUGCUUGCCUUUGAUAGACCAGCGUUUGGUUUGACAUCAAGACCGAGUCUUAUUGUAAAAUCAUCUCCUGAAAAUGGUGAUGAUAGAGCUCUUAAUCCUUACUCUAUGGCGUUCUCUGUGCAUGCAACACUACACUUCAUUAAAUUCUUGGCACUUGAUAAAGCGAUUCUUAUGGGACACUCUGCGGGUUCCCUUGUAGCAGUUGAGGCAUAUUUUGAAGCACCCGAGCGUGUAGCUGCACUUAUUCUUGUUGCCCCUGCCAUUUUUGCACCAUUUACCUCACCUAAACAAGGCCGAAAUGGACGAAAAAGUCAUACAGAAAACGGGAACUCAGAUUCAUCAGGCAAUAAAAAGAAUGCGUUUUGGAGGAUUUUGACCAUUUUAUCAAAGUUUACCAAAUAUGUCGCACAAGCAAUAACAGGCAUUGUCAAAGGAAAGGGGAAAAUAAUGAAUUCUCUAUAUAGAAAAGCAUUAGCAGCUCUCCUACGCUCUGCUGUUGGCCUAUUGCUGGUAAGAAUGAUAAUUGAUAAGUUUGGAGUAGCGGCUGUUCGGAAUUCCUGGUAUGACCCCAAGCAAGUGACUGACCAUAUCUUACAAGGCUACACAAAGCCUCUGAGAGUGAAAGGAUGGGAUGCGGCUCUUGUUGAACACACAGUGGCAAUGUUUACAGAUUCAAAGUUGGUAUCAAAGCCACCACUUUCAGAAAGAUUGAGUGAAAUCUCAUGUCCAGUGUUGAUCAUCACGGGAGACAGAGACCGACUAGUCCCUGCUUGGAACUCUGAAAGACUGUCCCGAGCUAUUCCGGGAGCUUGCUAUGAAAUAAUCAAGAAUUCUGGUCACUUGCCUCAUGAAGAGAAAGUGGAAGAGUUUAUAUCUAUUGUGGACAGAUUUUUGCAUAGGGUGCUUGGUGGGGUGGAUCAACAACACAUACAAGCAGUAACCUAAAAAUAGUAAGAACCACAACCAAGUCUUAGCUCUUAUUUGGUUUGGAUGGGUGGAAGGAGUGAAGCUGGUAAGCUGGAGGAGUGUUGUGUGUUUGGUUAGUUGGGGGAGAUAUGGGAUAAUAAGGGGCAGGGGAGGGGAUGAGUUACAGAUUCCUUGUAACUCAUAUCUCACUCCAUUAAUUUGAGAUACUUGGGAAGAGUUGUAAUUUCUUAAUUUAUUUUCCAAUUUUUACCAAAAUUGUUAUGCAUUGUUAUUAGGUUUUAUUGCAUCAAACUCUUUCGAUAUACAAAUUAUGCACACUGAUACCUGGUGCUUUAAGAAAUGUGUCAAACCCCUCGUAUUGUAAUUAAUCAUGUGCAUAACACCCUAAAACAACAAAUUUAUGAGUACUGAAAUCACGUAUCUCAUUGCUGUGAUUGUGUACUUGUAGUAAGUUGGAGUCACAUUUAAGUUCAUAAGUUCAAUUUC